AUGGAUAAAAGAGAGAGACAAAAGUUAUAUUUUUUUAAUUUUGCAGUAGUAGCACAGAUAUUAUUUUUAAUAUUAUGUUGUAGUAGUUAUGACCAACAAAGAGGCAUGAUGGUAAACGGACAAACAGAGAGUCCAGGGAAUUUUUUUAUGAAUUUCCUAACCAUUGUAUCAUACGACCAAAGUGAAUGUAGUUCAGGUCAAGUACCAACCAACCCACCAGAAAAGAUUGAAUCAUUUACACCAGAAGAAUGUUAUCGGUAUCCAACUCGUAGUAUAUUGGUACGAUUCAUUUCAUCGACCACCGCUCAAUACCAAAUAUUCAACACUAUGACUUGCCAAGGAACCAUUCUGACCGACCUCAAUCUCGACUACUCUAUAGCUGGUUGCCAGAAUCCAUUCAAUCUACCUAAAUGGUUUGUCAUUAGAUUUGGAAAACCACAAGCUCCAAUAAUCGGUUCACUACCUUAUUUGUAUUAUGAAAAAACUUCAAUAACUUCUUUCUGUGAUGUAUCAUCAACAGACAGAUAUUUUAGUGCUAGAGUCUACUUGAUGCCAAAUAGAUGUACAUUUAGUGAUUAUAUGGGUAUUGCUGAAAGAGGUGUUGAUGGUACAGAUACAUCGAUUCAGACUAUUAAUGAUGCUGCCAAUUGUGCUGGUUCUCCUAUCACCUAUGACUAUAGUUGCCCGGCAUCUCCCAAUCCCUACAAAAUUGGUUUGGCAUUCAAAACCAAGCCAUACACUCGUGUCACUGGUACUGUCACUGUUCUCUCGUACACUGCCGUCAGAGUACUCGGACUAGACUUUGGUUUUGAUCAAAAGGCAAAUGCCUAUACAACGGUUAUGCUCAACCAACAAUCAACAAGUACACCUUACAACGAUGGUUAUACAUACCAAGCAUCUACAAAUAUGGUCUUUACAAGGUUAACUGCCGGCUUUUCAGGUACCCUCGGAUUCUAUGUCGAUGGUUUUGAUUAUGUUAAUAAUCUUAUUAUUGCUCCCCUUGUAACUCAAACUUUUACUAUUCCUGCUUACCCAAUGAUUACAACUAUUACACCAGUAACUGUUACAACUAAUUCUAUUACAAUUACAUAUGGAUCUACUGGUGGAUUUGCCAAUGGAAAUACAUAUGCUGUGAGUGCGAUCAUUCAACCAUCAACUACCAUUACAUUCCCAGGAUGCUCGGCUGCUACAACAUGUCAAUUGGUCGGACUACCUCUAGGUGCUCUCGUUAAUGUCACUGUUACCGUCACCAACACUGGUUCAUCAAAUACUAAAUCGGUGAUGCAACAACUUGUCACACCACUAAGCAACUUUGAUUUUGCAUUCCAACCUACCUAUUCGGCCGGUAACAUCACCUUUUCUUAUAGUAACCUGGGAUACGGAGAAACAACCUUUAUUACUCAGGUAACCGAUCUAGUUACCAGUGUAAAUACUCCCUAUAACACUAAAAAUAUGUACCAAGCAUUCGCAGUAGCACCAAGUGUACCAACCAAUUACAGAGUCAAUGCUACUGCCAUCAAUGAUGGAAACACUUUACAAGUUAUAAAAACAUUUAAUUGGUUAGGAAAUAUUCUACUUAGUAAUAUAACUAUAACAGAUAUUACAUCAAUUUCUGCAAAUUUUUGGUGUACUAUUAAUAAUUUGCAAAGUGGAUUUUACGAGAUACCAAUUACCUCUGCUGGAUCUUUAGUGGUAACGGGACUCAGUACACAAGGACCCUUAAAACUUACCCUUAAUCCAAACACUCAAUAUACCUUUUCAGCAACCGUUGUACAGCCAACGACAUUCCGUAAAUCCCAAACACUCCCAUUCGUUUUUAGUUCCGUUUCCACCAUGCAAAUCACCGUUGCCGAAACGAUACAAAAAAUCAACGCUUUAAACCAAACCUAUUUACAAAUAAGACCCACUGUACAAGGUGGAUCACGUAUUAUUACAACUAUUUUUGCAUCGGCCUCUACCAAUUUCACAAAUGGGGUUACAUUUAAUACCUCUACAAACUCAUUCAUUGCCCCAAACCUUGCUAUUCCAAGUGGUCCAUUUAAUUUAACUAUUAGAGCAUCCCAAAGUGAUGAUCAAGUUACAACUCCUUUUACUUUUAGAAUUUAUAAAUUCCCAUCUAUUGAUCAAAUCAAUGUAACAAGUGGAUAUGAAUUUGCAAACGUUUCAUGGACAAGUAGUGGUGGAGUACCUGGUACCAUUAGCUAUGAGGUCAUCAUUUACAAUCCAAGUAGUACUCAUCCAACCCCUGUUUCUGUAUGCUCUGGUGUUGCCACUAGUUGUUUGAUUACCAAAUUAACUUCCAAUACUCCCUAUGCCAUAGAUAUCAUUGUAUCUUCUUUACAAUUUGAUGAUUAUGUUAAAACAUCAUCAAUUCAAACUUUGAGAUAUCCAAAUAAUUUAACUUGUUUUGAUAACAAUGGAAAUAAUACAAUUGAUUGUAAUGGAUUUGGACAAUGUUUAAAUGGAACUUGUUUAUGUGAUGAUAAUAGAGUUGGUAUUUAUUGUGAAACACCAACAACCGACAGUGGUAAUGGAACCAAUGUAAAUCCAAAACCAAACGCCCCAGAAGUAGUAAUCAACAACAAAAAUAUCUUUUACGAAUUUGUGAUUUGUGAAAUCAGAGAAGUGGAUUUGGAUGACCAAAUUGUAAAGGUGUUGGAUUUAUCAAACCAAAAUUGGACACAAACCAACAAAACCAAUCAACCAACCAUCAAGUCUGACCUAUUGUUGGAGAAUACUUGGAUCUAUAGUUCAACGAAUAGUACAACUCAUUUCAACUCGAUCAACAUUACCUUUUUACAAUACCAAUUGAAACAACCACAAACAGAUGUUACUAAUAUCACUGAAACAAAGGUACCUAUAACCUUUGCAAACCAAUUAUUUUAUCUAGAUCUUGGUUCGAUCAAAUAUACCAUUGAUAUUGAUCAAUGGAAGUUUGACAAUCGAUUAAAUACUCUUCAAUUAAUAACCAACAUAACUCAACCACAAGGUCAACAAGGAUGUGGAGUUUCAGGAGAUGUAGAUCUAAACAAUAUCUUGAACAAUUCAACAGAAUUCACCUCGGUAGUUGUUGGAAAGGAUCAAAUUGUAGUUGGAAAAUUAAUUAAUCGCGCAAUGAUGGAUGACAUUCCAAGAAAGAUUGGAUACAGAGUGCAACAAUACUACAACUAUGAAAAAGACCAACAAAUGAUUAGUAUCUAUACACUCAUUCCAAAUUUCAGUGAUAGAGCAACUCUUGAUCCACAAUUUGACCUCCUUCUCAACGGCGAUACAGUAGAAGAAUGCGAUUCUUCUUCAUCCAAAACUUGGAAGAUUAUAGUUGGAUGUGUUGUUGGUGGAGUUGGUUUGGUUGCCAUUGCUACAGGUGCCACUAUCUAUCAUAAAAAGUUAUCAGUCAUGAAAAUUCAUGAUAAAAAGAUGAAGAAAAUUUUGGAAAAAAAUAAGGGUUUAACACUUUGA